AUGCCUUUUGGCUUAAAGAAUGCAGGGGCAACAUACCAACGGCUGAUGAAUAAGGUCUUUGACCAACAUAUAGGGAGAAACAUCGAGGUAUAUGUUGAUGACAUGGUGGCAAAAACUAAGAUCGGCGAAUCCCAUAUAAAGGACCUCGCUAAGAUAUUCGGACAGAUCCGAGCUUAUAACAUGAGGCUUAAUCCAGAAAAGUGUGCCUUUGGUGUCCAAGGCGGAAAAUUCCUCGGUUUCAUUCUCACUAGUCGAGGAAUUGAAGCAAAUCCGAAAAAAUGUCAGGCGGUUCUCGACAUGCACAGUCCUACAACUAUCAAAGAGAGUCAUACGAUCAAAGUCAGAACCUCUCAGCCACUGCGACAAAUACUCGCCAAGCACGAGCUUGCAGGGAGACUGAUUAAGUGGUCAAUUGAACUCUCAGAGUUCGAUAUUCAAUAUCAACCUAGAUCAUCGGUGAAGUCACAGUAUUUAGCUGAUUUUGUUGCUGAAUUUACAGGAUCAGGCCCAAAUGAAGACACUGAAAAUUGGGUGUUAUUCGUCGAUGGAGCAUCAAACCCCCAGGGUUCCGGUGCAGGGAUACUCUUGGAGAACCCCGAAGGAGUUAUUAUUGAACAUUCUCUUCGGUUUUCCUUUAGAGCUAGCAACAAUCAGGCCGAAUACGAAGCCCUCAUUGCAGGGCUCAGUCGUUCAACAGGCGCCGAGCAUAAAUAUGAUCGGCAACCCUCAAUCCGAGGAUACCUGGCAAAAGCCAUAUAUCCAAUACCUCAAAAAUGCGGAACUCCACUGGAAGUAAAAGACACUAAAAAGUUUAAGCGACAAGCAUCUUUCUUUACAUUGUUGAAUGACGAAUUGUAUCGGCGAGGUUACUCUCGACCAUUGUUGAAAUGCUUAAACAGAUCAGAGGCCGAAAUAGCCUUGGCUGAGGUUCACGAGGGCAUCUAUGGAACACAUUCAGGAGCAAGGAGCCUAGCACGCAAGAUUCUCCGUGCCGUUGAACACCCUCAAUCCAAUGGUUUAGCAGAAGUUGCCAACAAGGUCCUCCUCCAAGCUCUACGAAAGAAACUCGACGACGCUAAAGGCUUAUGGGACGAGCUUAUUCCAGAGAUCUUAUGGGGAUACAAUACCUCGGUACAUUCAACAACUAAGGAGACACCAUUUCAUUUGGUCUAUGGUUCGGAUGCAAUGAUUCCAGUCGAGAUAUCACAAAACUCCCUAAGAACGCAACAUGAAGCCCAUGAUGAUGCCCGCCGAACCGAGCUUAACUUGGUUGAGGAGGUGCGAGCCAUAGCAGCAAUUCGGCAAAAAGCAUUGCAGCAACGAAUAGCUCAACGCCAUAACAAGACCGUCAAACCAAGAUCAUUUCAUCAAGGUGAUUUGGUGUUAAGGAAAACUGAAACAGCACGUAAACCACCUUCCCACGGCAAGCUCGCUGCAACAUGGGACGGACCUUACAGAAUACGUCAAGUGAUCGGCAAAGGUGCAUAUCAUCUAGAGGAAUUAGAUGGAACAAAACUACCCAACACUUGGAAUGUUAGUUCCUUGAAGAAAUACUUCAGCUAA